AUGGAGGAUCACUCACUUGGAGAAGAUCGAACCGACAGGACUCCCGAAUGCCAAUGCCCCUCCUGCCACAAGUUGAAAAGCAUCAACAGCAAGCUCACAGAGGCGAAACAGCUCGUUGAACAGCUAGUAGCUGAAAAAGUCGCGAUCAAAGUCGAACUCAACAUGGCUCACGAUCCUGUCACGGGCAAACUCCCCGUCGAGGUCACCGUGCGUGUCUUCUCUGUCGCUAUGAGCGAUUGGGGCAGACUUCCUACACCAUUAUAUGAAGGUAUCAGCCGUGUACCCCUGCUGUUUGGUGCUGUGUCCAGGAGGUGGAGGGAAAUUGCGUGGUCGACACCAUCCCUCUGGACAGAGGUGGACAUAUGCAUCUCAUCGACAAGGGUUACCACACAGAUGGACCUUCUAAAGGAAUGGCUCGAACGCUCAGGACAGCUCCCACUUUUGAUCGGUCUCUGCUGCAGUCAGAGGUGCUCCGAGAUCGACUCAAUCUACUUCACCAACAAGGCUAUCGACAUCCUCAACCAGCAUUCAGCCCGUUGGAAGGAUUUGAUUUUGGAUAUACCUGUCCAAUGCAUUCGUCGACUUGGAGGAGAUGUAGAAAGUGGCUCUCGCCUCACCGACAUCGCCAUCUAUCCUUCUCCGGAGCAAUCGCAACCCGACCGACAUCUUACCAAAUUGCACCUUCCAAAUGCAACCCCGCGGAAUGUCACUUGCGCCGAUCUGACAUUCAGAGGGCUCGAAAUAAAUUGGGCCAAGGUCACCAAGGUCGACCUUAAGCUGUUGUUCGUCGACGAGUGCCUUCAACUCUUCCGGGUCGCCCCACAGCUUAUGGAUUGCAUAAUUGGAGGCAUUGUUCCAGGAAGCGAUACAUACCCCAUCCCCUCGCGCCUACUCGUCCUUAACUCCCUCAAGCGUCUCUCCAUAUCAUUCGAUAACGUCACUCCGUCCAUGCUACUAAGCCACAUUCAAACCCCAUUCCUUGAGGACGUCAUUUACUGCGGGCCUGAUCUCAUCGGCUUGAAGUCGUUGAUCAUACGCUCUUCCUGUCCUUUGAGCAGUCUCUCCUUCUCCUUUAUUGGGGCGCAGUCUCCCGAAGUUGUCGACCUUCUACGCAACACCGCGCGGCUCAAGGACUUGGACUUAGAGUACUGUCAUCUCACCGACGAAUUUUUCGACUUGCUUGCGACAACUGCUUCCCUACCGCCGGGAGGGUUGGGCGAAGGAUUCCUUCCGUUACUCACACAACUGAAGAUAAGCAACCCAACAAUCGACUUUUCCUGGAAUGCGUUUGCGUCGAUGCUGGCGCCAACUGGUUCAGAGCCAGAAGGAAACCAUAGACGGCCCCUCUCUAAGGUAUCUUUCUACUUGGAACGUCACCUCCACAUUGGUCCUGGGCCGUACAUCGACGAAGUCGCUGUCUCGCGAUUGCUCAAGGCCAUCCAACAGGGAGUUCAUUUGUCCAUCAGACAAGGAAGUGGUUAUUUAGAUCUCCUGGAAGAGUCACGCAAAUUCCAUGAAGGUCGUCAUCGAGAAGCCGAGGGUACCUAG